GUGGGAGGUGAAGUGCUGUAACGUUCACAUGAGCGGUCGGGGUGACCGAUUGCCGGUGGUGUUACGUUUUGCGUAAGGAAGAUGGCGAUCGUCGGGCUGCAGUUUGACGGAGCCGGCCGCGUCCGCCUGAAGCGCAGACUUUAAGUGACGCGAGUGUAUGUGUUUCGGAGAGGAGAGCGGAAAGGAAAAGUAGGAGCGAAUCGAGAACGGGAAGCUGUGCGUCGCUGUUGCGAGCGUGAGAGUGAGUGGAGUGUGUCCGCAGUCUCUGCCUCUCUUUCCCCUGCCCCUCCGGGCUUCAAGGUGCCGCUCAGGACCCUCGGGGGUGCAGGGAUGUUUUCUGUUUUGUCCUAUGGAAGACUGGUGGCCAGAGCAGUAUUAGGAGGACUUUCCCAGACGGAUUCUCGGGAUUAUAGCCUAGUUACAGCCAGUUGCGGCUUUGGGAAGGACUUCAGGAAAGGGAUAUUGAAGAAGGGAAUGUGUUAUGGAGAUGAUGCGUGUUUCAUUGCCCGGCACAGGAGUGCUGAUGUUUUGGGGGUAGCAGAUGGAGUUGGAGGUUGGAGAGAUUAUGGUGUUGAUCCUUCCCAAUUCUCAGGGACCCUGAUGCGAACAUGUGAGCGUCUAGUAAGGGAAGGACGUUUUGUACCAACCAACCCUGUAGGGAUUCUUACUGCAAGCUAUUGUGAAUUACUACAGAACAAAGUACCAUUGUUAGGGAGUAGUACUGCUUGUUUAGUUGUUUUGGACCGUAGUAAUCAUCAGUUACAUACAGCAAACUUGGGAGACUCUGGCUUCUUGGUGGUUCGAGGUGGAGAAGUGGUUCACCGGUCAGAUGAGCAACAGCACUACUUUAACACCCCCUUCCAACUGUCAAUAGCACCACCUGAAGCAGAAGGUGUUGUCCUGAAUGAUAGCCCUGAUGCUGCUGACAGUACUUCCAUUGAUGUCCAGCUAGGAGAUAUCAUCUUGACAGCAACUGAUGGUUUAUUUGAUAACAUGCCUGACUACAUGAUCUUACAGGAGUUAAAGAAACUGAAGAAGACCAAUUACGAGAGUAUUCAACAAACAGCAAGGAGCAUUGCAGAACAGGCUCAUGAAUUGGCAUAUGAUCCAAACUAUAUGUCACCAUUUGCACAAUUUGCUUGUGAUAACGGACUUAAUGUGCGAGGAGGUAAACCAGAUGACAUCACUGUUCUGCUGUCAAUCGUAGCUGAAUAUACAGACUGACUAUUUCAAAGGCAUAGUCACAUUAAUGUAAAUUUCCUAAUCCAAUGUUUCCUGCUGGCAGGACCUUGUUUUCCUGACUACAAAUUUUUAAAGGCUAGUCAUUCCCACAGUACAAUUUCUCUUCAGUUCCUGUGGAUUUUUAGUACUCAAAUACUGUUUUAUCUGUUUUACUCCCAGCAAGUUUCUCCAAAUAAUCAUAAAUAUCCCUUAUUAAGGGGGAAAAGUAUGAAAAACCCCCUCCAGUAGAGUUUGAACAGUUUUGGUAAUUCUGAAGGAAUGUUGGUAUCUUGUCUGUGGGUAUAGUAGUGGAUAAUCUCUUGCCCAUGAAAUUAGACGUUCUAUCCAGAGAUGAGCACAGGAAUAACUAGUCUUUCCAAGGAAUGUAAAAAUAUUGAAAAUCAUGGAUAUAUUUAUGUUCACAUAAUAAAAUGCUUAGACCCUAGAAA